CUUACAGUUGUAAACUGCUUAGACACUGCUUUGGUGGUUUGAAGCGGUAUAUAAAUGAAGCUUGUUUGUUUGUUUGUUUGGGGGUCUACACAGGGCCCCACUAUCCCCACAGCUCUAAUGACCCAUGAAGGUGGGAAGGUAGUGCAGGAGCAGCAGACCUACAUUGCAAAAGCCAACAUGACUGGUGAAAGGAGCAGUACAGUAUUCAUUUAUUACUUUUAGCAGUUAAGUAAAGGGCUUUUUAAAGACAUUUAGAUCAAGAUUUUUCUAGUUCUGCACCGUUCUCUUAUGAGUCCUAGCAAUCUGGAUUUUUUUUCAAGGCACAAAAAAUAAUGAAAGAUCAGCAGCACUUGUAACCCUGUCAGGCACCUUUUAGCUUCACAGUGAGAAACAGCCACCUGAAGCCCAUUACAACUCCCACUGGCCAUUUGCAUUUGCCUCCUUGUUGAAUCACCCUUCAACAUUUGAUUGAAUGGGUCUGUUUUAGUUCAGACUCACCAAGAGGGUUCCAGCCCAAAAUAAAUUCCUUUUUAACAGGAUGGGUUGGCGUGGGGGGCCUCAUUUUGGACUUGCCCAUUCAAAUGCUCAGGGACUCUGCUAUCAUGCUUUUCUUUCCCUCCACCUCCGGCCCCCAUCCAGACCGCCUGAGUAUGAAAGACGAGCAAAUUGUACAGAGCCUGAAUGAGAAGCAGCAGAUCUACCUGGAAAUGGCUGAGAUGAGCGGCUUUGAGGACCUGGCCUCCAGCUCUCGCCCUCGCCUCAUUCAGAGAGCAGAGUCCCCAGAGAACUUGCAGGGGGAGGCCAUCCUGAAACAGGCAGUGACAGAAGUGGAGAGCCUUCAGAACUGGAUCUUCACCCAGUUCGGGAGUGGAGUGAGUCCCCGUCCAGAGGAGCCCUGCGGAUCUGGAUCCCUGAGGCGGGCAGAGACCUUUGGAGGAUAUGACAGUACAGGUGCAAGCCUGGGCAAGAGUAAGUGACUGCAGCUCUUCUUGUGAUUGUUAGUAAAGGCUGGGAAUGGCAAAACAUCCUCCCCAGGGCAGGGCAGUUGGACUGCUCAUCAGUGGAACUAUAGAAAAGGCCACAAGGGCCAUUGAGAGUAAUGCCUUACUGGGCAAUACAGCACUCCAUCUCCCAACAAAUGGUUGUCCAACCUCAGUUUAAAGACCACCAAGGCUACCUAUUCAGCUUAUAACA